AUGAAGAAAACUUUUAUCUCUAUCUUCUUCUUUUUCAUCAUAAAACCAGUUUUUUGUGUGGAAAUCACAAAAACUCAAUUGAUAAAAGACUUAUUGAUCAACGAAAACUCAACUACAAACCUCUUGAAUGUCAUUGGAUGUUGGGAUCGUGACUCGGUCGUUGACUUUGCCCGUCAUUUUUCCAUUUCCGUAAAUUAUUACGAAUCACCACAACUUUUGAACAAGUCCUACGAACGUAACCAGGCAGAAAACAAACUCUACAUCACGGAUUUUAAGAGUUGCCCCGAUUUGAUUUUGCAAUUUCAGAAGAUGGAAAAGUUUUUUCUUGCAUUUCCGUUUCAAUGGGUUAUUUUUAUCGAUAAGGAGCAUGUUGAUUUCUUCAUGACGGUGGAUGUUUUGUUGUCCAGCAAUGUAAUUUUAGUAAUGGAUGGUCAUCGAGGUACUGGGGGAGAGAAUGGCUCACAAGAAUAUGAGUUGAUUCAAGUUUAUAAGAUCAAAGAAUUUUCCAAAACGCUCAGAAUUGAAAAAUAUGGUUAUUGGGACCAGCGCAAUGGAAUUAAGGAUGAAAGAACAUCAAAAGUAAUCUCUUAUCGACGACGAAAUAUGCAAGGUGAACUUAUGACGAUGGUGGGAAUCACUUUAGAUAAUCGGACGUACACGUAUUUCCACUCGAGAAGGGAGAAAACUUAUGAUCCAACGAUGCGAAUGCUCUAUCACUUGAACAAUAUCAUUAUGGAUACCUUCAACAGUACAAAACGUUACGUUUGGACUCAAAGAUUCGGCUACGAUGAAACUGGAAUUUGGGUCGGGACCUAUGGAAAUCUCAUAAAUGGUCAUACAGACUUGAGUCUCGAUCCAUUUUUCGUGCAAGCUGAGCGAAUAGAAGUUCUCGAUUACAUUGGAUCUCUCACGCCGUUCUAUGGUUUAUUUAUUUUUCGUGCUCCCAGUCUGUCGUCGAUCGCCAAUAUUUAUUUUUUGCCUUUUUCGCGUCUUGUCUGGAUGGCAUUGGGUGUCAGUGCACUUAUUUGCACAAUUUCUAUAUUUAUUUUGAAAUAUUCAGAGGAACGACUUUUGGAUGCAAGUACAAGAACAGCAUUUGGGGACACAUUAUUGCUCACGAUAUCGGCAAUUUGUCAAAUGGGCACGAAUAUGGAUGCGAGAUUGUAUUCCUCACGAAUUUCAUUCGUUUUCUUGUUCAUGACAUUGGUUUUCGUUUAUACCUCGUACACCGCAAGUAUCGUUGGGCUCUUGCAAACAUCGACAAACAGCAUUCAGACUUUAGAAGAUUUGUACAAGUCCAAAUUGAAAAUUGGUGUGGAGGAUAAUUUAUAUAAUCGGUAUUAUUUUGGGUAUUCGUCGCAAAAUCUUCGUCGCAAAAUCUUCGAGGAAAAAGUUUCACCUCCAGGAGAGUCAGCGCGAUUUUACGACAAAAAGACAGGAGUUGCGUUGUUGAGAAACUCUUCAUUUGCUUAUUUUGGCGAAGAACGUCCCGUUUAUCGUGAAAUAGAAGAUACUUUUUACGAAGAAGAAAAAUGUGGCUUAAAAGAAAUGCGAUACUAUGAGUGGCCUGAGCCAUAUCAAGCUGUCCAGAAAAAUUCUCCAGUUAAGGAAAUGGCAAAAAUCGCAAUCGCUCGACUUCGUGAAUACGCGAUUGCUCAAGUGGAGAAAAAUCGAUUACUGACUCCGAAGCCAAUUUGCGUUUUGGGAAACGGACAGAGAUUUGAUAGUGUAACUUUGGAAAGUGUCAGUGGAGCAAUUACCUUCUACGGUUACGGACUAGCUGGGUCAUUCAUUCUCUUUUUGUUGGAAUAUUUGUACUUUUUGGCUCAAAAAGUGUGGAAAAAAUACUGUCAUGAUAUUGAAGCAUAA